AUGACAUCGACGUUUGCUGCGCAGUUGCGCACCAUUGCAGCAAACUCGACCAACGAACUCGACCUCCGAGCCCGACGAGAUGCCCACGCCGAGUCCCUGAUCUUCGAGCGGAAUGUCGCCAUCAAACAAGACUGGGAGACAAUCUUCCAACUAUGUCUUGAGGGGUUCCGAGAGACGUGUCUGCUGGACUCGAGGUUGCGCGAGUUCGAACAAAAUCUGUACAGUCCUUUGGCGAAGGACCAAGAUCGAGAACAACUGAGCAAGCCGCAAAAUGAAGCACUAGAUGUGGUCCUUGAGCGGUGUCUAGCACUCUUGGGGUCGAAAGUAUUGCUGCGUCCGGGCAUCAAAGCAGUGGAAUGGCUUGUAAGAAGAUUUCGAGUGCAUGUAUACAACACAAACGCCUUGCUCGCAACGUUCCUACCAUACCACGAGACGAAUGUCUUUAGGAACCUCCUAAGCAUAGUUCCGGCCAACAGGAUUACUAGCGAAUGGAAGUUCUUGGGCCCUUAUCACAAAGACACAGUCAGCGUUCCCCGACACACCAUAGUCUACAGCGCCACCCACAACGAUGCUUUUUCCUCGUAUUUCAACAACCAUACUCUCCGUGUCUGCCAGGAAGGCGCGGCUUAUCCUCAGCUUCUGCGCUUCUGGAGCAGCGUUGUCCUCGAAGCAAUUGCAGCGAGACUGGACCAACUCAAGAGUGGGAGAAAAGAGGUACAAAAACAACGGACGGAAGACGUGCUGCUAAAGAUCUUGCCAUUGCUGAACGAAGGACUUGAACUGAGAGGCUGUCCAGAAAUGACGGUUGCUUGCUUCACGAUUGCCCUUGUACUGGCUGGUAACGCAGACCUUGGGGACCAUGUGAUUGAUGCUUUGAUGAAAGCAAUUGCACCGUUUGUCACAAACGGAGAGGCCGACUCAAAGUCUGCCCUAGCAUGUCUGGCGGUCUUGGUGACGAAGAAGCUUGACAGCAGAGUGCCGAAGGACGUCAUUGAAAUUCUCAUGCGAGCCAAAGACCUCAGGACGUCCUUGUUGAAUCUACACAAAGAGGUCUCCGUGGCCUCGUUGUGUGCGGCGCUGCUCACAUCAGCACUCUCCGGAGUAAAGCAGAAGAAUCUGGAUGUCAGGUUCCAUUUUGUCAAAACAAUAUUCGAUACCGCUGGAGAACUUUUCGCGCCACCCAUAAAAAGCCAGCUGGUUGCUAUUCUACUUCAGAAGCUGCCGCUUACCGACGCCUCACUUCCAGUAGAAUCACCUCUUCAGUUUCAACUCACUCGAGUUCUCAAAGCCUUGAACGACUCUCCAGAUUUCUCGUCGGCUUUCUCCCAGGCCUCGACACUAGCAGGCCUCUCUCAAUCGCUGGUCGAGAACUUGUUAGAAAGCACCAUCGAAUCUCCGCAGCCAACCGGUCUGAUUGAAUCGGCUCCCACCGAGUUGGACGAUGCUGGAACCGAGUCAGCAUCUGCCGAGGACACAGUAAAGGCAAUGAUGGCGUCUUUCCCUGCCGAGACCACGGAACUGUCAUGUCUUGCACACGGACCGUCACCACUUUUUGACCAGCUUGCCCGAGCCUUCAGCCAUUGUUGCCGAAAUGAAAGGUUCUUGACCCAGUUCGAAGAGCUUCCCUUAUGGAGACAAAAGUCGAAAGCAACUUCCGUUUUAUACAUUAGUUUUCUGCUGAGGAUAUCCUUGGGGCCAUACUCCACUACGGAGCGAUGUGUUGCCAUCCAAGGUCUCUCAAAGUCAUGCGACCAAGGAUUCGCGCAUGACACUCAGUCACUCAUCCCUUACAUUACCGUCCUCCUUUCUGACUCUGCUCAGCCUGUCAGAAGGGCUGCUGCCGCCUGUGUCCUAGUCAUCCAGAGAUCAAUUUACCGGCACUUGAAGCAAGACGAGGAGCAACAUCAGACUGGGACCACAACUUAUGACGCUCUUACCAUGACCAACGUCAAGCGGAUAUCUCCAGCGCAAGCGGACAAGCUUCUGAACCAGCUGUAUUUGCCUCACCUGGAGGAGUACAUCCUAGAUCCAUCCGAGAUGCACAAAGUAUUGAAGACUGCUCUGGAUGGUCAUGCUCGUGCCACACCAUCAAAGACAUCUGAUAUCGAGCUCAAGAAGACUUCGAAGCAAGCCUUGUUCGACCUUCUGACUGGUUGCGCACUGGCCUGUCCUCUUCUAAGGAUUAAAAUGGGCAUCACGCAGCUCCUCAUUGGUGUCGAUAAGGUUGGUACUGCAACCACCAGUAAGACUCUUUCGCCUAUUCUGGACAAAUGGGCCUCGCUGUCACCAGCUGAUGCGGAGGCUGCCGCGUCAGCGGAAAGUCUGGCUAUGGCUCAAGUUGAUGCCCUUGCGAUCCAACUAAUUGCACCACAGGACAAGGGAGCUGUCGAGCACAUUCUGGACAUGCUCACCGAGGGAAAGUUUCAGCCACGUCCCUCUUUAGCGACGAUCUUCUUCGACCAUGUGGGCGCCAUUUGGAAUAUCCUGCGCCACAAGUCUCAAAAUGCUGUAGUCGUACGUCUUUUCGAGAUGUGCUUCUCGGAUAAUGCAGUAUAUGCAGCUGGUAGCCGCCUUGUUUUGCAUACCGUUGCUCUUACCACCGAAAACUUGGCUGCUAUCCUCGAUCAAUCUUUAUCCGGUCUUGCUCAAAUGCCGACAGAUGUCCACCCAAAGAAGCGACGGCGGCUGAGUCAUGGCCGUGAGAGCGUCCCCAAGGAGCUGAUGGGGGAGUGGAAUGUCAGUGGUACAAGAAUGACCUUGGCACUUGAGCUUGUAGAGGACUCGAAGCCAGAAAACCAUCCUCAACUGCUAGGCGGCUUGUUCGAAGUCUUGAUAGGCCUGAAUCGCCUGAGGGACAAGACCACGUCCGAGUCGCCGUAUUUGCUCUGCUUGUGCCUCAACAACAUACUGGCCAUCAUUGACAAGGCCCGGCAAUCUCGCAAGCCAAAUAUCGACAUGACAACCAUCCGUGCCGACUUGGUGACCGAAUGCGUGCGAUCCUCAGAGAACGUCCAAGUGCAGAGCACCGCCCUCCUCCUCUCCGCUUCUCUAGCAGCGCUUGCUCCAGAUCGAAUACUGCACACAAUCAUGCCAAUCUUCACUUUCAGGGGCAGAAGCAUUUUGUCGAAAGACGACGAACGGUCCAUCUACGUCACCAAUCGUGCCAUUGACGAGAUCAUCCCUCCUCUAGUGGCGAGCCUGAAAAAGCACGAUGCUAAGAACCUCAUCCAUUCCACCUCAAAUCUGCUAUCGAGCUUUGUCACGGCGUAUGAACAUGUUCCUCAGCACAGGAGAGUAUCGUUCUACCAGCGGCUAUUGACCAAGCUCGGUGCUGAUGAUUUCUCAUUCGCGGUCAUCGCACUGCUUACUUCCAGGAGAAAUACCGAGGACAUGUGGACAUUCCUCUCAAACCUAACAGCGGAGUUUCCGGCUUCCACUCAACUUCUGACCUUCCGGAAGAUAUUGGACCUGACUCUCGAUACCUUCAGCGAGAAGCCGCACAACGCUGAACCCCUUCUAGAUAUCACCCGGACAACACCAAUUGACAAGAGAGAAGCAGCAGCGUCGAACCUGCUCCAAGUGGCCGUGCAACUGCUCGCACCGAAGGCACUCAAGACGCAAAUUGCGCGACUCACAAAGCCUGAUCGAGCUGAAGAGACUCCCUUCUGGACCGAGUUCAGACUUUGUGUCUCGCGUCUCCUCAACAUGCUUAAGUCUCAGAAGACGGGGCACAGGAGUCUUGCACCGUCGACGAAGAAAUGUCUCAGCGCUGUGCUAGAUUUACCUUCUCUUGCAGACUUACUUGAUAUUAUGCCAACUCUUCUGGAUGAGCUGGAGCAAAGCGAACACGCGGAUCUGAAGCCCCUGGCGCUCCGAGUCCUAGCUUCGCAACUGCUUCAACCUGGCCCUGCUUUCAAGGACAAAAAGAGCCAGUCCAGCGCGAUUUCACUCCUCCCUACGCUCGGUACCAUCAUUAAGACCACGGACGACGAGAACCUCAGACAUGCAGCAAUCGAAUGUCUUGACCACAUUCUUGAACUGUAUGGCCGAAAGAGCCCGGAUGCGGUUGUCUCAGCAUCGUCUGCACUCACAGAUGACGACGGUCAAGGCCUCGAAUCGAGAGAUGAGAGAACACAAAUCAUGUCAUUGCUCUGUUUAACGACUGCGACGGAAGUACUCAAACAAGGAUGUGUGCCGAUCGUUUUGGGAACGAUGCCAAAAGUUUUCCGACUGUUGUGGUCAAGUCUGCAGGAUUUGAAGGGAGUGAAAGGCCCCAAGGAUGGAAAGGUGGAACUCCACAAUGCCUGCUACAUGCUCCUUUCUUCCUUCGUCACGCAUGUGCCCUUCAUAACAUCCGACGAAAACCUGGUGGAAAUCUUUGAGGCAUCCUGCAAAUCUUGCAUCGCGAUCACUCUGGAGCCACCGAGCUCUUGGCAAGAGUCUCGUCUUGACCUAUUGAAUCUUGUUGCUGACAAGGUCGAGCUGAGUUCACUCGUUGCCGGUCUGCGUCAGGCCUGGAAAACAAAGGUAGUCAACGCAGAUGCUAUUGGGGAGUGGUUGGACAUGUUGUCAAGAGCCAUCAAGCGGAAUUCCAAGUCUACAGUAGGCAGGGCUGCGGAAGAGCUGUCCGACUUUAUCCUACAGGUCCUGGAUCUUCGACGAGUCAACAGGGUCAAGGCCUUGGUGAAAGCGGAUGAUGCUACGAGCCACCUUCUUCGAUCCGAUGAGUUACGAAACAUUGAACACAAUCUGUUCAAACUGAGCGAAGCGCUCAUCUACAAGCUCAAUGACUCUACCUUCAGACCCAUCUUCGAAAGCUGGGUUGAGUGGGCUCGGAGCGAAGUCCCCCAGGAUAGACCCGAGAGUGAAGACGCCGACCAAAUGGCAGAUCGCAAGAGUGGCGCAAGGAUAGCGAGGCUAGGCAGUCUGUUCUCGCUGGCCUCGCAUUUCUUUGAAAGUCUCAAGAGCAUUGUUACAAGCUACGCCAGUUACAUUCUGCCCGAGUGUAACGAGGUUCUGAGAGCCUCGAUCGGCAAGCACGACACGCAGAAAGCAGAAGCUCUACGUCUUCGCCCCCAGGUCGAUCAUCAAGAUCAAGAGGUCUACACCGAGACUCUGAGCCUAUUGUCAACAGUCGCGAAUCACGACGCCGACGGGUUCUUCACCUCACCUUCGCACUUCCAACCCCUUGCCACGCUCCUCGUCGGCCAGUACGAGCUUCUUUCAAGCCGCAAUAACACCUCCCGAGAUUUCACGACAAGUCCCCUAAAGGAACCUAUUCUCAACGCACUUGUUAGCCUCGCCACGGCAGUCCAAGAUGUCCCGGCCCAUCACCACACCCUGAACCACCUCCUCUGCCAGCUUCGGCACCACGAGCACGCCGCUGUGCGACUCGCCUCGAUCAAAACGCACAUCGCGCUGACAGAGGCCGAGGAGGUUGGCGAAGAGUGGCUUCAGAACGUGGUCUUGGGGCAGUCAUCAUCUGCCAUGGACGGUGGAGUCGCGGUCGGAGGAAGUGGAGAGACGAUGGUGUAUGUGAACGAAAUGCUAGAAGACGAUGAUGAGGACGUCGAAAACAGUGUAAGAGACUGGGUCAGGAUGGUGAGGGAGAGUCUCGGAGAGGAUAUCUUCGAGGUGUAA